AUGGCAACUAGCUGCUACUCCAGGGCUUCCUCAAUCAUUGCUCUUUUUGUUGGAUUCCUCCUCCUCCUUCCUCCUCCGGUCCUCCUCCUUCCUCCACCGGAGGCGAACACCACGCUUCAUUCACGGGUGGAGCUUGAGACGCUCCGGCGGGUCAGGGCCCGCCUGAGGAAGUUGCAGAAGCCCUCUUUGAAGACGAUCCAGGUUUGUCACUCAAACCCUAGCGCUGCCGCCCGAAGAGUUUGUGGUGGGUUAAGUUUGAUUUUUCUUUCUUGCAGAGCGGAGAGGGUGACCUAAUCGACUGCGUUCCGAGCCAUCUCCAGCCGGCGUUUGAUCAUCCGAAGCUGUUAGGACAGAAGCCGCUGGUGGGUGGAUAUUUCGGCCUUGGAUCUGCGCGAGUCUUCGAUUUUCUGUGGAUGAUGUGGGUUCCGUGGUUCCAGGAGCCGCCGGAGAGGCCGAGAGGGCAAGCGGCGGCGGCGGACCCGGCGACAGCGGCGAGUUUUCAGUCGUGGGCUGCUUCCGGCGAGUCGUGCCCGCGGGGAACGGUUCCUAUAAGGAGGGCCACGGAGGCGGACGUGUUGAGAGCGAGCUCUGUGAAAAGAUUCGGUAGGAAGCCCGCGGCGAGACGACGGCCGUUGUCGGCCACCGGCGGGCAUGAGGUUUGUCGACCUUCUUCCUCUCUCUCUCUCUCUCUCUCUCUCUCUCUCUCUCUCUCUCUCUCUCCCACUCUCCCUCUCUCCCUCUCUCUCUCUCUCUCCCUCUCCCCCCCCCUCUCCCUCUCCCUCUAUCUCCUUCUCCCUCUCCCCCUAUCUCCAUCUCCAUCUCCAUCUCCCUCUCCCUCUCCCUCCCCCGUAUCUCCAUUUCCCUCUCUCUCUCUCUCUCUCUCUCUCUCUCUCUCUCACUCUACGUCUCUCCUACUCUCUCCGUCUAUGUUUCCUCUCCUCCCUCAUUCUACGUCUCUCCUACUCUCUCUGUCUAAGUUUCCUCUCAUCCCUCAUUCUACGUCUCUCCUACUCUCUUCGUCUACGUUUCUCUCUCCUACUCUCUCCACCGAGUCUCUCUUCUCUCUCCCUCUACGUCUUUCUCUCUCACUAUGUCUCUCUCCUUUCGCUCUCUCUCUCUCUCUCUCUCACCCGCCGUUCUUGCAACAAAAUGUCAGCUUUCUUGCUGUUCAAUCUCCAAGAACACAGAGAGGACAGCACCCGUCCCUCAGAUUUCUUUCAGGAAUCCAAAUCUCCAACCAAACUGCUUGCACAGAUCUCCGCGCAUUUUUCUCCAACUUUCCCCAGAGUUCUCCUUUAAAAAAGCUUGCUUUCUUCCGAAUUAAUAAUAUCCAAGAAGAACCCGUUCGAGACAUACUCCCCAAGAACUUUAUAAUAAUAUCAAUGGUAGAUUAAUAUACAUUUUUGGUGGUUGCAGCAUGCAGUCGGGUAUGUGAUUGGAGACCAGUAUUUUGGUGCGAAAGCCAGUUUGAAUGUGUGGGCUCCCAAGGUGAGCAGCCCUUCCGAGUUCAGCUUAUCUCAGAUCUGGGUCAUAUCCGGUUCCUUCGGAGAUGAUCUCAACACGAUCGAAGCCGGCUGGCAGGUACGUUAAAAACCAUAGUUUCCCCAUUUGCUUACGUCCAAUACAGAAAUACCUUCGAUGCCUUUUUUUAUCUUCUGCCCAUAAAAAAAUAAGAACAAAAUUUAGUUUAGAUACUCGAUUUUGAUUAAAAAAGAGAAUUUUUUUUUCUGAUUACAUCAUCAUUCAUCUCUCAGGUGAGCCCGGAGCUGUACGGGGACGCUUAUCCGCGGUUCUUCACUUACUGGACAGUGAGUAGCUGUUCUUCUCGCGGGGUUUCCUUUCUGUAUUUUUUAUCGAUAAUAUUUAGAUUGUGAUUAAAACGAUGAUCGGAGAGUGCUGAGUUUGGGGUUGGAUGAUCGUCUCUCGGAAGAGCGAUUCCUACCAGACGACUGGAUGCUACAACCUCCUCUGCUCCGGAUUCGUCCAGACGACCAACAAGUUCGCCAUCGGCACGGCGAUCUCUCCCAUAUCGACCUACGGGGGCUCCCAGUUCGACAUCAGCCUGCUCAUAUGGAAGGUAACCGAGGACGAAGACCCAUAAACUCUCUCUCUCUCGCCGCUCAGUUCGACAUCAGUCUGCUCGUAUGAAAAGUAACCGAAGACGAAGAUCUAUACCUCUCUCUCUUUCUAUCACUCUAUCGCUCAAGCUGGGUUAUCUCUUUCUGCUGCUGCUGUUGCUCUCUCUCUCUCUCUCUCGCCGCUCAGUUCGACAUCAGUCUGCUAAUAUGGAAAGUAACCGAAGACGAAGAUCUAUACUUCUCUCUCUCUUUCUAUCUCUAUAUCUCUCUGGCUAGGUUAUCUCUUUCUGCUGCUGCUGCCGCUGCUCUCUCUCUCUCUGUCUCUCUCUCCCCCUUUCUAUCUCUAACGCUCUAUCUGGGUUCUCUUAUUCUGCUGCUGCUGCUGCUCUCUCUCUCUCUCUCUCUAUCUAUCUAUCUAUCUAUCUAUCUAUCUAUCUAUCUAUCUUUAUCGCUCUACCUGGGCUAUCUUUUUCUGUUGCUGGUUUCUCUCUCUCUCUCUCUCUCUCUCUCUCUCUCUCUCUCUCUCUCUCUCUCUCUCUCUCUCUCGCUCGCUGUCUUUUUCUGGGUUCUCUCUGCGCCGCUCAGUUCGACAUCAGUCUGCUCAUUGGACGGGAACUGAAGACGAAGAUCUACUCUCUCUCUCUCUCUCUCUCGCUCACACGUGUGGUGGUGUAGGAUCCGAAGCAAGGGCACUGGUGGCUGGAGUUUGGGGGGCGCCUUAUCGUGGGGUACUGGCCGUCGGAGCUGUUCAGCCAUCUCGGGCAGCACGCGACCAUGGUGCAGUUCGGCGGCGAGGUGGUCAACGGCGGUCCGGCUGGGGGCGGCGGCCCCUCCUACCACACCGCCACCGAGAUGGGCAGCGGCCGCUUCUCCGGCGAGGGCUUCGGCAGGGCCUCAUACUUCCGCAACCUCCAGGUGGUCGACUGGGACAACUCCCUCGUCCCCCCGCCGGCCCUCCGCCUCCUCGCCGACCGCCCCGCCUGCUACGACAUCCGCGGCGGCCUCCACCGCCUCUGGGGCACCUACUUCUACUACGGCGGCCCCGGCAGGAAUCGCCGCUGUCCCCGUUGA